AUGAGUAAACAUUUGGAUACUAAGUGGAAUUUUAAAACUAGAUCAGGCAAUGAUAAAGAAAAUUUUUUUCUUAUUUAUGUUGGCCAAACAAUAUAUAUAUAUCUUAAUGAUUACAAGUUUAUUAUUUAUAUUGUAGUUGGUAAUAGUGAACAUCAGUUAAAAUCUGGUUGGUGUUGUAUAUCUGAUAGUGAAAGUAUAACUGAAAUAUUUCUAACAAAAGCUAUUUCUUCUUUAGAUCAAAAAUUAUUUAAUACUACAAUACAGUAUUCUGGAUCUAUGGUUAUUGAAUUAAAUAAUCAAAAUAUCAUAAAUCAGUUAUAUACUGAUAUUAAUUUUUAUCCACACCAAAAACUUGCAGUUUUUGUUUCAAAAAUUCUUGAAGAUAAGUGUGUUAUUAAAUUAUAUCAGGAUGUAAGCAAAAUAAAAACUUUCUAUAAUUCUACACUAUCUAAUGUAUGGAAAAACUCUGGGUUUAUUGAAAAGUUUGAUGAAAUAGAGCUUUUUGGUCUUACAAAUAACUAUGCAUAG